AUGCCCGACGGCGGAGGGAAAAGCGGAAGAACCGAAGGAAGUCCAAUGUUCCGCGGUCGACGGGGACAGUCGAGUCAUUCUGGGAGGAAUACUGUUCACGAAAGUGAAGAUUACUUGAGGGAGAAUGAUUCAUUGGCGAUCGGGAAGUUUGCUGAAAAGCAGGAGGAAAUAUCGUUGGAUCCGGUUGGAACGUUUUCUUCGAGAGUUUGGCUAGUCGAUGAUUCGAGGAAAUGUUGUUUAAGUUGGAUUUAAAUUUGUAACAUAAGUAAAUAACAUUUAUGCGAUGUAGAUAUAAAUGUUUGGACAUCGAGUUUAGAUUUUAGAGUUGUAAUUUAAACAUAUCGUAUACGUAAAUGUAAAUGUGACGAUAACGUUAUUUAAUUUUGUGAUGUGAGUAUAUAUUAAAUACACGUAAUUUAUAUUGAAUAUAAAAUUCAUUAUAUAUAAUUAUAUUCAUAUCAUUGUAUAUUUGUAAGAAAAUUUCUUAAAUGAAGAAGAAAAGAAAAUUCAUAUACUCGAUAAUUACUAUUUACAUAUAUAAUACUAUAAUUUUAUUAUAUAUAAGUAUGUGAACACUGUAAUUAAAUUUCACAAACAAAAAUAA